AUGGGUGCUCAAGAAUCAGAUAUUCAAAACUUAGACCACCAAGAGGAAAAUGGCAAGGACACCGUUAUUCGUGCGCUUGUACCUGAAGCUUCGAUCAAAGGCGCUUCAUCACUCGAGAGACUACCCACGGAGGCUCUCAUCAAAAUAAUAAAAUACCUCCCUAUCUCCGAGGUAUCCAUCGCGUUUACAUGCCCCCGCAUGUAUCAAAUCUUCAAAGACAUACAUCCACGCCCAAUCAGUCUAUGCAACAUCGACGUUGUCAAGCGCAUAGAUCAUCUCGAUCCAUACGAGUCUGCAAACGUGCAUUUGCUACUUCAAAAGUACUCGCCGAUUCUGAGGGUAUACAAGCCAAAAGAUUACAUCUACACCGUCAUAUCAAACCUGUAUGUACCUGCACCAUGCAAAGAUGGAGAUGAACUUCACUAUCGAUCGCAACCAUACCGUACUUAUGAAAUGUACGUUACGCGCUGGUCCGAGUAUAUGCCAAAGGAUUUCAAAUUUCCCUACCCGCACAACAAAGGACGGGUGGCGUAUAAGCUGGAGAUGAAGCUGGCGGUUGAUGAGUUGCUUGAUUCGAUGGAUGUUACGACUGGUCAUGAAUACAUGAGACGAUUCUUUUUCCUAGAGAAAUUCCUAGGGGUUGGAUCGCAGGCAGAGGUUAAUGAACUCAUCAGGGUGAAUUUAACCUGGAAACGUUAUGGCGAGUGGAGGGAUAUGAUGGGGUUCUGA